CCAAAACCAAUAAACUCAACUUCGUCUUCAACCUCUCAAUUAUUAGGGUUUCCUGAUUAUCAACCCCAAAAAUUAAUAGUUAUUAUAUAUGGACGAUCCUACGAUAAGCAAGCAAUCUGCUCCAUCAACUCCAAGUAUCAAUGUCCCGUCGAUAAUGUCCGAUUCUUCCCUCCACCUCGAGAACCUUCCGUCUCGGACAAUGCACAUCAACCGUUUGCUCAAUUCCAGCUACAACCGCUCUCCUUCGCGCACAAUAUACUCCGAUAGGUUCAUACCCAGCAGAUCCGGCUCCAAUUUCGCACUGUUUGACAUCUCCAAUUCUCCCACUUCAGCCGAAGGAAAAGAAGACGGGUCCGGCACUUAUAACAGCCUUUUACGUGCCGCGCUUUUUGGCCCUCAUACGCCCGAUAAGAAGGACUCGUCGGAGGUACCAGCUAGCCGGAAUAUUUUCCGGUAUAAAACCGAAACUAAACGGACAUUACACUCGCUUUCACCUGCCGGGUUUGAUGACUCAGUCCCUGGGAUUAGCUAUAGCCCAGUUAAAGCUCCGAGAAAGGUUCCCAAGUCACCUUACAAGGUUUUGGAUGCACCAGCAUUGCAAGAUGAUUUUUACUUGAAUUUGGUGGAUUGGUCUUCGAACAAUGUAUUGGCGGUUGGGUUGGGGAAUUGUGUUUAUUUGUGGAAUGCUUGUAGUAGUAAGGUCACAAAGUUGUGUGAUUUAGGCGUUGAUGAUAGUGUUUGUUCAGUUUGUUGGGCUCAACGUGGAACUCAUCUUGCAGUUGGGACUAGCGACGGGAAUGUUGAGAUUUGGGAUACAUCUCGCUGCCGGAGAGUCAGAACAAUGGAGGGGCAUCGGUUACGCGUUGGGACCUUAGCGUGGAGCUCUUCUCUGUUAUCUUCUGGGAGUCGUGACAAGAGCAUUCUUCAAAGAGAUAUCCGCGCUCCGGAUGAUUUUGCUAGUAAACUCUCUGGUCAUAAAUCAGAGGUUUGUGGACUGAAGUGGUCUUAUGAUAAUCGUGAACUAGCAUCUGGCGGGAAUGACAACAAACUUUUUGUUUGGAAUCAACAUUCCACUCAACCGGUCCUAAAAUAUUGUGAGCACACCGCUGCUGUAAAAGCAAUUGCAUGGUCUCCUCAUCUGCAUGGGCUUCUUGCAUCUGGAGGUGGUACAGCUGAUCGAUGUAUUCGAUUCUGGAGUACAACCACUAACACACACUUGAGUUGCAUGGACACUGGCAGUCAGGUAUGCAAUCUUGUGUGGUCUAAGAACGUCAAUGAACUCGUCAGCACUCACGGGUACUCUCAAAACCAAAUAAUAGUCUGGAGAUACCCCACUAUGACAAAGUUGGCUACUCUUACGGGUCACACAUACAGAGUUCUUUAUCUUGCAAUCUCACCUGAUGGCCAGACAAUAGUUACAGGAGCAGGAGACGAGACACUAAGAUUUUGGAAUGUCUUCCCUUCCCCUAAAUCUCAGAACACUGAUAGUGAAAUCGGAGCUUCAUUUUUCGGGAGAACCACGAUCCGCUGACUUCAUGAAGAAUAUAUGUACUGUAAGGAUUCUUGUGCUAUGGAUUAUCGGACUUCGUCAAGAGGAAAAUGCUGUGAGCAUUCUCAUGCUCUGAAGUAUCAAAUUUGUUCAGCAAUCCAAUCCAGAAAGAACAAAAGAAUCUGCAGCAGGUGCAAGAACUUACUGCUUGUUUCUUGCGAAUCACUUUUUUUUCUUUCUGUAAUCCCAGUUUUCUUUGUUCUUUAAAAUGGAGUUGAUUGAUGUAAAUACCGAGAGUUGCUGCUAAUUUUCCGUAGCAGCUCCCUUCCCUUCCACUGUAAAUCGAAGUAAGCCGGAGUUAAGUUAUUCGAACUCGGAUGUAAGUGUUGGACACGAACA